AUGACGGACAUUUUGGACUCAGAGGCCGGCUCGGAGCGUUUCUCCAGCUAUGAAGCCGAGCUCAAGCUGGUCCAGGCGGACCUCCAGCAGAAGCUCGACCAAAUUCCCGAGCUGUCCGGCGAGCCCAGGAAAGCCGCGAUACGGCAGGCCGAGCGCGCGCUGGAGGAGGCGAAGGAGCUGAUCGACCAAAUGCGCAUCGAGAAGCCCAACAUCCCCGCGCCCGCCAAGAACAAGAUCAACCAGCGCUUCCGCAACCUGCAGUCGGAUGUCGAUGAGCUGGGCCGCAAGCUGACGUCGCUGGCUUCUGACCGCCGUGCCCUGUUCGGCAACCGCUACUCGGACAACCCUACGGCUGAUGACCAGCUCGAGCAGCGUCAACAGUUGCUUUCUGGUACCGACCGUUUGGAGCGCAGCAGCGGCCGUCUGAGGGACAGUCACCGCAUUGCUCUGGAGACUGAGGAUAUCGGCCGGAACACGUUGGCAGACCUCGCGGCACAGAGGGAGACUAUUGAGAGGACCAGGCAAAACUUGCUUGAGAGUGAGGGCUACACGGACAGGAGUAUUAAGACGCUGAGGGGGAUGGCCCGUAGGAUGGCUACGAAUCGGGUGAUUACGAUUGCAAUCAUCACUGUUCUUGUUCUUCUCAUCAUUGCGGUUAUUGUCAGCAAGUUCAGGUAA